AAGCUGAUUCAACAUAUGCGCGCAAACAUGAAUUUAGGAAGGCUCUCCAUCCUCAGCUACUUUCUCCUCUUUUCUUGCUUGGCGAAUGGUGGCAAGAUAACUACUUCGAGGCCAUUCCUCAUUGACAGUCAGGUCACUGACAUGCAGUGGGUGAAUAGUACGUUGAAGGAUGCAAAGCCAAAUGCUAAGACAGUUUUUGUUCGAUCGGCCCGAGGCAGUAUCUAUAGAAGUGUAGAUGAUGGGAUGAAUUGGGUCAGUCAGCGAGACAAGAUGGUCUCAACUGAUGAGGAGCAAUAUCAGACUCGAAUCCAACAGAUGAUAUUCAGUCAUGCUGAUCCCAAGUACGCCGUCAUGAAAGGUUAUGGUGAAAGCAAUUGGUUCACCAAGAACCAAGGGGAAACGUAUACGAAGAGAGAGUUUGGUAUCAUGAAUGAGAUCAAAUUACACCCAAGCCAAGCUGAAUGGAUCCUUGCGAGUAAAUAUGAAGGAUCAUUUCCAGAUCGAUACCUUUCUCUUUUUCUCUCUGUUGACUUUGGUCAAAGCUGGAAAAAAAUAGUGUCAAGAGUUUUUCAAUUUGAGUGGGCAGAUCCCAAGAUCAAAGGUUUCAAUGAGAAGACCAUUUUUGCAUGCGUUCGAAAGCAGGAUGCACCGGCAAAAAAGAAUUUUGCGGAAUGGGAUCCGAAUGUGGACUUUGUGAUUUCACACGAUUUCUUCAAGAAUAGCGACAUAGUAGUACCGCACGGAAAUCGAUUUGCUUUACACCGCCCAUAUUGGUUCGUGGCAGCUAUGAAUCCGGAAGAGGAGCUAGAAGUCAAGCUUCACGUCAGUGCGGAUGGUGGCAAGAUGUUUAAGACUGCUCAGUUUCCCUAUCAGUUGUCCGAGAGGUCAUACCGUGUUGUUGAUUCCAAGGAAGGAUCCGUGUUUGUGCAAGUCUCGCAUAGCUCAAGGGACAGACAAUUUGCUAACGUUUACAUGUCUGGCCCAGAAGGAAGCUCAUACACCCUGUCCCUCAGAGCUGUUGUCAAAGACUAUCGCGGCCUAAGUGAUUUUGAACGGAUCAAUGGUGUCGACGGAGUGUAUAUAGCGAACGUCGCAGACACCAGCGUAGAGCCAGAACUGAAACUGUUCGGUGCACUUUUUGUGACAUUUGAUCUUCUUUGCCCACAGGAAGAUGGAAUGGUUCCGACGAAGACUGUGAUUUCCUAUGAUAAAGGCGCGAUGUGGAAAGAUCUGACGCCACCGACAAAUGAUCACCUUGGAAGACCGAUCGUGUGUGAUGGCUGUUCUCUUCAUCUGAAUGGAAAGACAUCGGGAUUCCUGGGUCCUGUCUACAGUUCGGUAUCUUCGACUGGGUUGAUAAUGGCCACUGGGAAUGUCGGGCAUCAUCUUCAUCGAAGGCAAGAUGAAAUCAAUACAUACUUCAGCCGUGAUGCCGGUCGAACUUGGGAGCAAAUAACCAAAGGAAGUUUUAUCUAUGAGUUCGGAGACCACGGUGCAUUGAUGAUUAUGGCAAACAACCGAGAGGCGACGAACACGGUCAGGUAUUCGUGGAAUGAAGGGCUCAACUGGACAGAUUUCAAGUUUUGGGAACAUCAUAUCGAGGUGGAAAAUAUCAUCACGGAACCCUCGGGUACCAGUCAGAUUUUCAUUUUGUAUGGCCGCCGAAACGACAAGGGAGUUUUGAUGCAGCUGAAUUUUGAGACUCUGCAUGAGAGGCGGUGUGCAGGAAUCAAUGCUCCAGGCUCUGAUGCAAGUGACUAUGAAGAAUGGACCCCUGCUGAUGCUUUGCGCUCUGGCAACUGUCUGCUCGGCAGGAAAGUGACGUACACUAGAAGGAAACGAGCUGUGCAGUGUUUCAACGGAUGGGACUACGAUCGACGGGAAUCGAAGGUCAACUGCGAAUGCACACGUGUUGACUUCGAGUGCGACUUUGGGUUUCAAAUGAAUGAGAAGAAGGAGUGUGUGCGAGUGCCAGAUAUGCCCGAAGUCGGGUUUGGAGCUCCUCAGGAUUGCAGCGGAUACUUUGUGAUCACCAAGGGCUAUCGAAGGGUUCCGGGAGACUCCUGUGUCGGCGGUUCUGUAGCAAGUGAAUUGGAACCAGUCAUCCAGAGCUGUCCUGGUUUUGGUCGAACUGGAAUGGUGAUCUUGUUCGCCAUGGUGGCUUUAGCGACUGUUUUCGCGUGGUUCACGUACAUCCGACGAAAAGAACAGGUGAUCAAUUCUCUUGCUUGUUUCUCUUCAGGCUGA